CCUUAGCCCCGGGGGCCCCACCGAGCGAGCGGCAUGCGGCACCCCCAGGCAUGCCCAGCAUCCUUCAGCCCACUGCCCAGCCCCCCCAGGAGGCCCUAACGCCCUGGGGCACUUCUGCUGUGCACAGGACCACGUGGGGGUUUGCCAUGGUGACAUAAAGGGGCGCGGAGGAAGGAAGGAGCGCAACCAGCCGCGGACUGCACCCCUGGCUGGGAGGAAGGGCUGGGGCCCGGAUCCUCCACUGCCACUGCCACUGCCCACUUCGGGCCUUGCUCGCUGAGUCUCUGUGAACUUGUCGGUCGGUGGACAACUUGGGAGUCUUCUCCUGCGUGGGGCCUUGGGGCAGCCGGGGCGGCCGGGCCCCCGGUGGCCGAGGUCUCGGGGGCCAGGAUGCCCGCCCUGGCGCGCCUCCGCAGGCUGUGUCGGCACAUGUCCCCGCAGGCUGUACUUUUCCUGCUGUUCGCCUUCUGCCUGUUCAGCGUUUUUGUCUCGGCCUACUACCUAUAUGGCUGGAAGCGGGGCCUGGAGCCCUCGGUGGACGCCCCCGAGCCUGACUGUGGGGACCCGCCGCCCGUGGCCCCCAGCCGCCUGCUGCCACUCAAGCCCAUACAGGUGGCUGCCCCUUCCCGCACGGACCCGUUGGUGCUGGUGUUCGUGGAGAGCCUCUACUCCCAGCUGGGCCAGGAGGUGGUGGCCAUCCUGGAGUCUAGCCGCUUCAAGUACCGCACAGAGAUUGCACCGGGCAAGGGUGACAUGCCCACACUCACCGACAAGGGCCGCGGCCGCUUCGCCCUCAUCAUCUAUGAGAACAUCCUCAAGUACGUCAACCUGGAUGCCUGGAACAGGGAGCUGCUGGACAAGUAUUGCGUGGCCUACGGCGUGGGCAUCAUUGGCUUCUUCAAGGCCAAUGAGAACAGCCUGCUGAGCGCGCAGCUCAAAGGUUUCCCCCUGUUCCUGCACUCCAACCUGGGCCUGAAAGACUGCAGCAUCAACCCCAAGUCCCCGCUGCUGUACGUGACGCGGCCCAGCGAGGUGGAGAAGGGCGUGCUGCCCGGCGAGGACUGGACUGUAUUCCAGUCGAACCACUCCACCUACGAACCUGUGCUCCUGGCCAAGACGCGGUCGUCCGAGUCCAUCCCGCACCUGGGCGCGGAUGCCGGCCUUCACGCCGCACUGCAUGCCACUGUGGUCCAGGACCUGGGCCUCCACGACGGAAUCCAGCGCGUGCUGUUCGGCAACAACCUCAACUUCUGGCUGCACAAGCUCGUCUUCGUCGAUGCCGUGGCCUUCCUCACAGGCAAGCGCCUCUCGCUGCCUCUGGACCGCUACAUCCUGGUGGACAUUGACGACAUCUUUGUGGGCAAGGAGGGCACGCGCAUGAAGGUGGAGGACGUGAAGGCCCUAUUUGAUACGCAGAACGAACUACGGACACACAUCCCAAACUUCACUUUCAACCUGGGCUACUCAGGGAAAUUCUUCCACACAGGUACUGAUGCUGAGGACGCGGGGGACGACCUGCUGCUGUCAUACGUGAAGGAGUUUUGGUGGUUCCCCCACAUGUGGAGCCACAUGCAGCCCCACCUUUUCCACAACCAGUCCGUACUGGCUGAGCAGAUGGCCCUGAACAAGAAGUUCGCUGUCGAGCACGGCAUUCCCACAGACAUGGGGUACGCAGUGGCGCCCCACCACUCGGGCGUGUACCCUGUGCACGUGCAGCUGUACGAGGCCUGGAAGCAGGUGUGGAACAUCCACGUGACCAGCACGGAGGAGUACCCCCACCUGAAGCCAGCCCGCUACCGCCGCGGCUUCAUCCACAACGGCAUCAUGGUCCUCCCGCGGCAGACCUGCGGCCUCUUCACACACACGAUCUUCUACAACGAGUACCCAGGCGGCUCCAGCGAGCUGGACAAGAUCAUCAACGGGGGCGAGCUCUUCCUCACAGUGCUCCUCAACCCUAUUAGCAUCUUCAUGACGCACCUGUCCAACUACGGGAAUGACCGCCUGGGCCUAUACACCUUCAAGCACCUGGUGCGUUUCCUGCACUCUUGGACCAACCUCCGGCUGCAGACACUGCCCCCGGUGCAGCUGGCCCAGAAGUACUUCCAGAUCUUCUCUGAGGAGAAGGACCCGCUCUGGCAGGAUCCCUGUGAAGACAAACGCCAUAAAGACAUCUGGUCCAAGGAGAAGACGUGUGACCGCUUCCCAAAGCUCCUCAUCAUUGGCCCCCAGAAAACAGGCACCACGGCCCUCUACCUGUUCCUGGGCAUGCACCCCGACCUCAGCAGCAACUACCCCAGCUCUGAGACCUUUGAGGAGAUCCAGUUUUUUAAUGGCCACAACUAUCACAAAGGCAUCGACUGGUACAUGGAGUUCUUCCCUAUCCCCUCCAACACCACCUCUGACUUCUACUUUGAGAAAAGCGCCAACUACUUUGAUUCGGAAGUGGCUCCCCGGCGGGCGACUGCCCUGUUACCCAAGGCCAAGGUCUUGACCAUCCUCAUCAACCCAGCAGACCGAGCCUAUUCCUGGUACCAGCACCAGCGAGCCCAUGAUGACCCAGUAGCCCUGAAGUACACCUUCCACGAGGUGAUCACAGCUGCGCCCGAUGCAUCCUUGAAACUGCGCGCCCUCCAGAACCGCUGCCUGGUCCCCGGCUGGUAUGCCACCCACAUUGAGCGCUGGCUCAGCGCCUUUCACGCCAACCAGAUUCUGGUCUUGGAUGGCAAACUGCUGCGAACGGAACCUGCCAAAGUGAUGGACACAGUGCAAAAGUUCCUUGGGGUGACGAACACCAUUGACUACCACAAAACCUUGGCGUUUGAUCCAAAGAAAGGAUUUUGGUGCCAGCUGCUCGAAGGAGGAAAAACCAAGUGUCUAGGCAAAAGCAAGGGCCGGAAAUACCCAGAGAUGGACUUGGAUUCCCGCGCCUUCCUGAAGGACUAUUACCGGGACCACAACAUCGAGCUUUCCAAGCUGCUGUACAAGAUGGGCCAGACACUGCCCACCUGGCUACGGGAGGAGCUCCAGAACACCAGGUAGCCACGGCCACCACAGCCAGACUGAAUGUGACGGCAGGGACGUCCCGCCACACGCUGAGCCAGACUGACCUGCAGAGUGGGGAGCUGGGCCCGGGCUGGCCAAGUACUUACAAGCAAUACUCUGCUGCAGCCCAGGUAGGGCCAGGAGAAGAGCCCAGGCAGGUCCACACGCACCUCAGAGCGUCCAGUGCUGGGUUGGUGGCCUCUAGGACCUCCUUCGCCAACCAGGGUCCAUUCUGCUCAUAGUUUUUCACGGGGAGGCCACUUCCUGUUGGUGGAAGACCACAAGCUGGUAGGAAGCAGUCCACAGGACUCUGUUUUCCGUCCCUGUGUUCCACCCACCCUACCCUCUCCAUCCCAUCACUCCCUGCUCCAGUAGGGUGUCCACUCAGUAGUAUUUUCCCUGUCCUCCAGACAACGAGGAGAAGAGCCCAGCUGGGGCUUUUGCCAAACCAGGGAGAGAGAUUGGACGUUUCCGUGAUGGUUCAAGCCAGGCUCUUCAGAGGGGUCAGCUGGGAACCCAGAGGUGGUCCCUAGGCUGGGUGUGAGCGUGUCCAGCUCGAGAGAACGCUGGACCUCCACACCCAUUCUGCUUCAUACCUUCCCAUCUCACCUUCCCUCUUUAGAGAAAGAAUCGCUGGUUCCUACAGUACCCACCCAGUCCUAAAGGCCUCCUUCAGGGCCCUGGGGCACUGCCACGCAUUUGGACCCAGAGACCCAGGCCUCAACCCUACCCCGUUCUUCCCCCUGGGAUAUGACAUGUGUGGUGUUUCCUGUGGUAAAGGACUGAGGCGGUCGUGGAGUCGGCCGUAUACGUGUCCCAGUGUACAUAUGUUGUCCCUAAGUCCCCCUGGCCUUGGCCCCUGGCAGAUGCUGGGCAGACUUGAUGAGACUGCCAUCCCUGCUCUGCGCCAGCUGCCUGUGGCCAAGGGUUUCUAGAGAGCCCCUUAACCUCCCAAAUACUAAGAAGCUAAAGUAUUUUAAUAUUUUUUUUUCUUGGUGCCAGAGUUUAUACCCUGGGUGCUGGGGUCGCACUGUGUUACAUAUAUAUAUAUAACAUGUAUAUAUAUAUAUAUAUAUAUAUUAUAUUUUUUUUGGUUGGGUUUGUUUUUAAUUCAGUCGUACAAAAUGGUGGCAGGCCCCAGUCCCAAAGGGCGUCGUAUCUCAGUGCUAGAGAAUGGGAUGGAAGGGGGGGGGGGCCGUGUUCAUGUGCGGAGGCCUCAAGGACACAGCAUGGAAGUGCCCUGGGAGAGGGCAAGUGCCAUGGCCGCCCCGGGGCUGCCCCAGGUGAACAGGUGGCGGGAUGCAUAAGGAAGACCUACUCUUUCCAGGAGAUCUGGCUUCAUGAAGCGCGGUGACCCUGGGGCACUUUUGGCCAAAGGAAACAGCCAGGCUGGGGUAGGAGACCCCGGGGCUUAAAGGCUGGCCUGUUCCCCUUCCCCUCACAUGGUGCUAGGUUGGGAGCUGCCCUGGGAGCCACAGAACUGUCUCCAGGCCCCCUGCCGACAAGGGGGGGGGGUGUCUCUGGGCUAUUUUCUGGUUGGGGCCUGCUCCUACCCACCCCUCCCGCCCCCAUCUUUUAACAAUGUGAAGUGACUAAGGCUGGGGUGCCUUUCCCCAGCCCCUCCCACUGCCAGUUCAGCUUUGAACUGACGCCUGGGAAAUCCUUUCUGGAGAGCCUUGUCUUGUUCAGAAGACUCUACCAUGUUGGGGCUGAAGGGUCCUUCAAUGGGUGUGGACACAGGUCCAGAAAUGGGAGGUGGCCUCCGGGGCUGAUGUCACAGAACCGAUUGGGAGCAGGGCCAAGAAUUGAACUCGAGGCUCCCAAUGCCGCGCCCAGUGCUCUUCUUCCAGUGCCACACUGCCUCUGAGCCCGUCCUUGGGACCCUACUCUGUGCCAGGUUGCUGUCCCUCCUUUAGUCACGCCCUUGGUCAUUCCAGGAUAUGGGGACAAACCACUCCUUCCCAGCCAGGGUGCCUUUGAGCCUUCUCAGUUCCAGAUCUGCAUUUGCAUCCCUGUCGUGCUCUCCCCACCUCAAAAGGUUCUUUCCCAGCCUGGGAGCCUGGAUCUUAGUUCCCAGGGUCUCCACUGGGAUGGAGAAGUGGAAUGUCCUACAGGGCCAGCUGCAUCUGGCUCUACUGCCUCCCGAGUGAAGCGUUUCCAUCAUGCUUCUCAUUGGGGCCUUAGAACCCGGGAACCCUGGUUGCUGCUAACCCUGCAGGGGAUGAGAAGCAGAGUGUCUGAGGACAGGGUGGCAUGUCUGCGUGUACGCUUGUGAAGACUUACCUGCACCAGGAACCAGACUCCCAGAGCGGGCAGCAGCUUCCAUAGUGCAAAACCUGGGCCUCACUUCCCGUCUGUCAGCGCGGGGCUCUGCUGCAUGACCCGUGAGGAUGUCACAGCUCCCACCAUCUGAGAUCUUCCCUCUGGGCCUGGACACCUGGGCAGGCUGCCCAGAGCCUGUCCUCGUGGGGCGGGCAGGUCCGCUCCCCUCGUCCUCUGGCCUGAGGAAGAAACAGGCAGGUUUGAGGCCCUGUGGUAGCAGAGGAAAUGCUGGAGACUUUUGUCCAGGCCCUUCUGGGAGGCUGGGGACUUGACCUGUCACAUGUUCUCAGUCUGUCUUGUCACUGCUACUUUUUCCCUUCCCACUAACGAAUCUCUCUCGAGAACCCACUUCCAGGACCGGUAGGUACUGGGGAGAGGAGAGAAGUCCCUCUAGGUUCUCUCAGCUGCUGAGCACACAGAUUCCCCACCACCACCACCACCACCACCACCACCACCACCACGAGAGGAGAAAACCAGAGGUCAGUGGGUGCAGUAUCCUCAGCAUCUUCCACGUUUACUAAGUCACUGGCCAAAAACAAGAAAAAAACCUCUACCAUCCCUUCUGCCAUCUCCUCCACACACCUGUGCCUCAAGCUCGGUGCAGGUGGGAUGUGCAGCUGCCUCCGUCACUCGGGGCUCUAGAGCUGCCCACAGUGCGGGCAUCUUGCACCUGGAGAAGGAGUCUGAGGUUUAAAGACUGGUCUCUUUCGAGCCCCUACGUAGGAGCAGCCGGUGCCUCUGGGGCCCAGCUGAGGGAGCAGUGGUCUGUUCCCAGUAGAAGAAUACCACUAGGUUGACUCGCAGAGAUUGCUGGUCCCAACAUCGAGCCGUCCCCACAGGUUUGUUAGGAGAAAGAGCAAGUAAAUAAGUAAGUGUUGUACCAAAUAUUUUAUCAUGAGCUCCCACUGCCCACCAUUCAGACUUAAAAUUAGUGUUUUGCCACAUUUUAAUCUUUCCUUCCGUACAAGCAUAUUUUCUCUGAACUAGUUUAAAAGUUGCAAACAGAAGGAGACUCCACCCCAAAUGCUUCAGCCUGCAUCUCCUAAGAGCUAGGACAUUCUCCUACAAUUGGCCCAGUAUCACACCCAGUAUCACAACAGUAAUUUCCCAGCAACAUCUGCUAAUCAACCCAUAUUCACAGUUCUCCCAAAUAACUUACACCUGGUUUUGGAAUCGGGAACUAGUUAAGGUACACAUGUUGCAUCGAACUGUGUUUCCUAAAAUCUCUUUCAAGUCAGUAAACUUUCCCUUCUGCUCACUCUGGUUGUUUGAGUGACAUUAUUUCGGAGGCUAGCAGGCUGCUGUCCUAUAGAAGUCCCACAUGCUGGAUUUGUCUGUUUCUUCACGGUGUCACAGAACAAGUUCCUCUAACCCCUGUAUUGGCAAGGGUGAUUUAGGCUAUGGGGAUUGGUACCUUUUGUGCUGACUUGAAAACUUCAGUCCAUCCUAAGAUGCCCCUCUGCUGUCACCUGUACCAAGUGCCAAGUCAGCAGAGGGGCCUGCCAGAGCUGGAGAGGGCGAGGGAGGAGGCAUCACAGCCGCGCCUGGGAGGGUGUAGAAAGAAGAGGCUGGACCACGCAGUGUGGGCCUGUCGGGAAUGAGACAUCCCAGACUCAGAAGAUCCUGUGCUGCCCCCUUUGCUCCUGGUGAUGGAGCACAGGGCACCAAAGAGCAUCUCUCUUUCUCUCUGUUUUGUGGUCUCUGGGUUUUCAUUUCCUGGAGGCCCAUGGUCUGUGUGCACUGGAGCAGAGCCAGCCCCUGGGAUGCACCAACGAAGGGCUCCGCGGGGGGGCGCUGCCCCACCCAAACUGCGGUUGCAGAGAAGAGCACUGGGCUGGAGGCAGGAGAUGUGAAAUUUUGUCCCAGUUGAGUACACUGAGUAGCUGAGUGACAGUUUUCCUCCCAGGGACUCAAUUUCCCCAUCUAGAAUGAGCAGAUGGGCCUACAGCAUGGAUUUUCAGACAUCAAAGAAGGAAGCAGGUCUGCUGUAGUUGAAGUGAGGAUGGAGGUCCCAGGCCCCCCGCACCACUGCCCACGAGGCACUGCUGGGUCCCCAGGGCUGCCUGCCCCCAGACGCUUUCCCUCGCCAGCUCAGACAGCCAGAGACAUUUUUUAGUUCCCACAAGGGAGAGGCAUGGGCUUUGUGUGGGGUCAAUGUCAAGGGCCUGUGGGGGGACUCUGGCUGUGUUUUAUCCUAAUAAGUUCACCCCUCCCUCUCUCCUUCCUCUCUGUGGCCCUUGAGGAGAAUGAGGGCCGAGAGGGUUUUCUAUGACUGUGCUAGCUUUUAUUAUCAGCAAGAGGGCUCCUUUUGUAAUUUGUGCAUGAAAUUCAUGUCAUUUCCUGGGGAGAGGAGAGGGCUGACUGGAGAGGGUGCGGGGCACAUUAGGGGAGCAGGCAGAGGUUUCCUUCCCUCGUGGGAGUGCGGAGAGGAGUAGAGAGGGGGGCGCUACCCCGCUCACCUGGUCAGGGCUCUCAAACCAGCCGUUUUGGGUUGUGUUAAAAGUGGGAACCUUCCCUCCAUUAAUGUACAAUCUUGAACUAACUGCUAAUAAAGUGGGGUUCUGUUUGUACACAUUGGUCCUGUCUGUCCGUCUGUCUGACGUUUUUGCAAGGCCCGCAGGGGAGGGUGGAAAGAAGGAUGUUCACAUGCACGGCCAGUCUGGCCACCCCCGUACACACAAGGUGACUGUGAAAGAUCAGUUCAAUGGAUUGUAAACUGAAGCUUUUCUAGAUAGCAGAGGCCUGUCCCAGGACAGCCAGUGGGGUGUCUCAGGUGACAAAGAGCCCUCAGCCACGCUAGAUGGUUGAGAAGUGCUGGGGCUGGAGCACUGCACUGAGAAGAGCCUCAGUCUAGAAUUAGUUCUGCUAUCAGUGUGUGAAGUGACCGGGCCAAGUCACUCUUAUGCUUUGAUCCUCGGUUUCCCUCAUCUCUUAGGGGUGUGGAAGGAGUUGGACUCAGUGGCUACUCUGGCGAACUUGCUUAAAAUGCAGAUUCUCCGGCUGUGCCCCUAGAGAUUCCUCUCUGGCAGAUGUGGGGUGCGGCCCGAGCACCUGCAUUUUAACAACCUCUUCAGCACUCUGGGAAACCCUGGCUCAGAUAGAGGGCUUCUACGGGUUCUAAUUAAUUCAGAGUCCCACUGCCCGAGGAAUGAAAACUUUGGGUAAAAACCAAUGACUUCCUAGCCCUCCCAGCCUGGUUGAGUUUGAGAUUUGCGGGGGAGGGGCAGAGGCAGGGAGCAGAGAGGCAGGAGCCUCUGUGGAACUUUACGAAAUGCACAUUCCCAGGCUCCCCCAGUCCCGUCCACUCAGUCAGAACCUCUGGCAGGGAGACCCAGAAAUGUGGCUUUUAAACAAACUCCCUGCCGCACAGGAAAGUGUGGGAACACUGAAUCAGGCCACAAAGGAUGAGCCAGAGAAACUCCACGGAAUUGUGGACGGCUGCCCUGGGGCAUGCUGGGACACAACUGGGAGCACAUCAAAACACCAACCCCAAUGGUACAAGGGCAGCACUUGCAGACACCUGUUUGGGGUUUGUCAGCUGGGAGCUUGGUAUGGGUCGUGGGGCAACAAGAACAUGGGUGGAGGCUGCAUUAAUGGGAGCAGUGGAUCUGCAUGAUACAGGUGCGCUUCGGUGCUGGGUAGGUGGUCAGGCUACAUCAGAGAUUUUUGAAUUUUAAAACAGCCUUUUGUUUUUUAAAGAGAAACUUAAUUAAAACCAGGUAGAGGCAGGAAGGGUGUUUCUGGUUGGAUUUGGGGUGAGUAUCUGGACUGUCAUCAGUUCAACUGCUCUCUGUCACCAUACUAUCUUGGAACCCUAGAAAUCCUUGAAACACACUAUGAAAGCCCAGCCCAGGUGCUCUCAGAGGUCCCAAGAGUCCUGCAAUUCUAAUACGUUGAGUGAACAAAGACACAUCGAACCCUCCUCACCCCCUAAGUGAGGAGACCACUCAGGGGACAUGGUGCCCCAGGAGCAGUGCUGGAUCCUGGAAGUGGGCAUUUCCCUCAGAGAAGCCCUGGAUCAGGUGCACAGGGCAGUGUGUUCCGUCAUAGCAAAGCCCAAGAAACAACUUAGAUGUCCAUCUAGAGGGGAUCAGCUAAGUAGCCACUCGUGUGGCCACAUGCUGAAACAUGACGAUGGAGGAGAGAAUAAUCAGCUCAGUCUCCAGGUCCCACCAGGAAAUGUCUUUGAGACUGACCUAAGUGUGACCAUUUGUGGAAAGAGAAUGCUCCCUAACUAAGUACACAUACAUACUCUGCUGGCUCGUACUGCUUAUGCUAUUCUGCAUUUUUUUUCCUGGCAAUGUAGCUAUCUCUCUCUCUCUCACGCCAAACUGUUAACUGGUUAGUUCUGGAAGAGGGCGCAGGGAAAGGGGAGAAGAUUUCAAAGGGGACUUUAGCUUUGGCUGAAAUACUUUACUAAACACAAUGAAAAUGCAUGUAUCAGUUGUGGAAUGAAAAAGUCUUAAAAGUAAUUAGAAAUGGGUGAAGCAGAAAGGGGGUCCAGGCAGCUGGACUGUUGUGGGAUGCUACCGUGAAAGCAGCCCUGCUGUUCCCCCAGCCCACAGGCACCCAAAGUGUGGGGCCUGAGGAGGCCCUGGCUGUUGGGGGGAAGUUCUUGCCUUGCUGCAGGUACCCUGAGCACUUGUCAAGCCCCUGAGCUGAGGAUUCCGACUCGCUGUGUGACUAUAGGUGACUCAGCUCCCACAUGCUCACAAAUGGGGGAGUUAGAGUGAACACCAGUGUUGGGACAAACCGACAUUGCUUGCCUGAGAAGGACACAGCCUAACGCCUGUGAAAUUCCUGACAAACACAUCAACAUGAAUCUACCCAAGGAGAAACACUGGCACAUCCACGUUGAGGGACAUUAUGCAAAAUAACUGGCCUGAAUUCUAAAAUUGUCAGGGUCAUGGAGGAUAAAGAAAGGCGGAGAAAUGGUUCAAGAUUAAAGGAUACUGAAGAGACCUGGCAAUCAAAUGUCACUUAUGAUCCUGGAGGGGUCCUAGACCAGGAAAGAGUUACUAUAAAGAGCACCAUAUUGACAACCGGCAAAAUGUGAAUAUGGACUGUGUACACUGGGUAAUAGUACUUUAUCAAUGUUAAGUUACGUGAUUUUGAUUACUGUUCUGUUAGAGUAUGUCAUUGCUCUUAAGUCGUACAUGCUGAAAUAUUGAUGGGUAAAAGGGAAAAAUAAAGCUGAAUUUUAACUGA